UUCUCUUAACUCUUCCUUAUUGGGACUUGGUUCUUCUCCAAAAGAGAAAACUAAAAAAGGAAAGGAAGAAUGGCUGUUGGACUUUGUAAAACCAUGUCUCAGGGGUUGGUGACCUUCAGAGAUGUGUCUCUAAACUUUUCCCAAGAGGAGUGGGAAUGGCUGGAUCCAUCUCAGAAGGAUUUAUACAGAGAUGUCAUGUUGGAGAACUACAGGAACUUGGUAUGGCUUGGACUCUCCAUUUCUAAGCCCAACAUGAUCUCCUUACUGGAACAAGGGAAGGAUCCUUGGAUGGUGGGGACAGAGAUAUCACACAGUAACUACACAGACUGGGAGACUUGGUGUGAAAUCAAGGAAUCAUUUCCAAAAUGGUUCAUUGAUGAAGAAGAAAUAUCACAGGGAAUGGUAAUGGAAAGAGUAAGAAGUCAUAGUCAUGAAUUCUCCAGUUUCAGAGAAGUCUGGAAAUAUGAGGAUGAAUUUGAGCAGCAUCAGAGAAAUCAAGAGAGGCAAGUGGCAAUUGUGAAGGAAAUCUCAACUGAGAAAAGAGACAAUGAAUAUAAUAAUUCCAGGAGAAGUAUCACCCUGAAGUCAGUACUUUUAACACAACAGAAAGUUCCCACCAUAGAGCAAGUACAUAAUUUUGAUAUUUAUGAUAAAAUCUUCCCCCCAAAUUCAGUCAUAAUUGAAUAUAGAAGACUCCAUCCUGAGAAGGAAUCUUUGAUAGGUAAUGAUUGUGAUGAAUUCAACCAGUGUACAUAUUUUAGUAAAGAUAUAGGCAUUCCUCCUGGUCAAAAGCCUUAUGGAGGUAAUGAUUUUUCAAAUCUCUUAAGUUUCCACUCAUUACUUACUCAACAUCAGAACACUCAUUUUGGAAAAUUACCUCAUAGAUAUGAUGAAUGUCAUGAUGCCUUUAGCUGUUACUCAUUCUUUACUCAACCUCAGAGAAUUCACAGUGGAGAGAAACUUUAUGCAUGCAAUGACUGUGGGAAAGCCUUUAGCCAUGACUUCUUUCUUAGUGAACAUCAGAGAACUCAUACCGGAGAGAAACCAUAUGAAUGUAAGGAAUGUAACAAAGCCUUCAGACAGAGUGCACACCUUGCUCAACAUCAGAGGAUCCACACUGGAGAGAAACCCUUUGCAUGUAAUGAAUGUGGGAAGGCCUUUAGCCGUUAUGCCUUUCUUGUUGAACAUCAGAGAAUUCACACAGGGGAGAAACCGUAUGAAUGUAAGGAAUGUAACAAAGCCUUCAGACAGAGUGCACACCUUAAUCAACAUCAGAGGAUUCACACUGGAGAGAAACCCUAUGAAUGUAAUCAAUGUGGAAAAGCCUUCAGCAGACGCAUAGCCCUUACCCUCCAUCAAAGAAUUCACACAGGAGAGAAACCAUUCAAAUGUAGUGAAUGUGGGAAAACCUUUGGCUAUCGCUCACACCUAAAUCAACAUCAGAGAAUUCAUACUGGAGAAAAGCCCUACGAGUGCAUCAAAUGUGGAAAGUAUUUUAGGACUGAUUCACAACUUAAUCGGCACCAUAGAAUUCAUACUGGAGAGAGACCAUUUGAAUGCAGUAAAUGCGGGAAAGCCUUUAGUGAUGCUUUAGUUCUAAUUCACCAUAAAAGAAGUCAUGCAGGAGAGAAACCCUUUGAAUGUAAUAAAUGUGGGAAGGCCUUCAGUUGUGGCUCAUACCUUAAUCAGCAUCAGAGAAUUCAUACUGGAGAGAAACCCUAUGAAUGUAAUGAAUGUGGGAAAGCUUUCCAUCAGAUUUUGUCCCUUAGGCUACACCAGAGAAUUCAUGCUGGAGAAAAACCUUAUAAAUGUAAUGAAUGUGGGAGUAAUUUUAGCUGUGCCUCAGCCCUUAGACGACAUCAGAGAAUUCAUAAUAGAGAAACCCUCUGAUUAUAACAAGUGUAUGGAAGAAAACAUUUAGUCACCAAGUCCUUAUUUAAUAUCAGUGAGUUAUUUUUGGUUAGUAAUUCUAUGAAUGUAGUAAUAUGGAAAAGCUUUCAGGCCAUAAGCAUCCAUUGUUUGAAAUAGCCUGAGAAUCAGACAUAUGUUUCUUAUGAUCUGUUCUAUACCUGACUUACCCCACCUUUAAUGCAUAUGAUUCUGUUAAUCAGGAAAAAAAUGGGUUGGUCAUAGGCUGGCUGAUUAUUUCCACCAAUCUAGUGAUUAAUAAAGGAUUAGCAAGCUUGGCACCCAUA